AAAUAAAAAAGUAAAAAAAAAGAGGAGGAAAUUCUUGUCAAGAGAGCUUCUUGCGCUUCGACUCCAUCCCAAUCUCUGCAGAAUUCUUACAUUACAGCCCCAACAGAAGAUAACGCCAGACAGUUGAACGCACACGAGAGAGAGCAGCACCAGCAGCUAGGUUUGGGCUUGUGGGUGUUUGCAGGGCGAGUCUGAAAUGGCGAACUCCGUGGAGAGGGAUGAGGAAGUUGUCUCCUUGGAGCUUCCUGCUCCCCCUGGCUGGACGAAAAAGUAUGUGCUCAAGAAAGGUGGGACCCCGAAGAAGAACGAGAUCAUAUUCACUGCUCCAACGGGUGAGGAGAUCAGUAACCGGAAAUCGCUGGAUCAGUACCUGAAAGCUCACCCAGGUGGGCCUGCAAUAUCAGAGUUUGAUUGGGGCACUGGUGAGACACCUCGGAGAUCGGCUAGGAUCAGCGAGAGAGCAAAGGCAACCCCACCGCCUGAAAUUGAGACCCCAAAGAAGCGUCGGAGAUCGUCAAUCUCGAAGAAGGAGAACAAAGUGCCUGAGGAGACCAAGGAAGUUAACAUGGAAGAUGCUGAAAAGCCUGACAAAGAAAAUCCCAAGAAUGAAGAUGAGAAGAUGGAAGAAGCUCCUCAAGGGGGUGAUGGUAAGAAUGAGGAAGAAACUAAGGAUGGAAAUGAUAAGGAGAAAACUGAAGAGAAUGAGAAACCGAAGGAAGGGGAGACGAAGGAGAAGAUUGAACUGCCACAGGUUGAAGGAGAGAAAGUGGAUGGGUUCACUGAAGAGAGCAAGCAUGAUAAAGUAAACGAGGGCAAGGAGAAAGAGGAACAGGAUGAACCCAAUGCCCCCGAGCCCGAAACCAAGCCCGAGCCUGAAAUCAAGGACAAAGUGUUUCCGAAUGGGACCGAGGAUCAAAAGGAUAGUUCUGGGGCUGAUGAGGUCAGCAAAAAAGUAGAAGGUGAUGCUGUUGAAAAUGGGAAUCAUGGAGAGGAGGUGAAGGCUUGAGUGGCCUAGUAUACAGCACUCUAAUAUAGCAAGUAGUAGGGUGUAGUUUGCCUUCUCGAUUCAUGGGUAAGUGAUCUUCAAUCAAAUGACUUCUAGUUUCUGUACAACGAUGCUGAUGAUGAUGUCUGUUGUAGUAAUAGUAGUAGUAGUAGUUAUAAGUUAUCUGAUUGGUUAUUGAGACUGUGCCUGCAUGUCUGUAUGUACACAAACAUUAGGCCGCUGUAGUUACAAUCCCCGACUCGACCGAAGAUUAGGCCUCUGUAGUUAGUUUUGUGCUGCUAUAUAUGUAUGUAAGUGACUGCUGUGUAACAUUGUGGUGUCAGAUACUCUGUUAUGUACUGAUAUGUAGCUCCUACAUAUGUAUCCAAUAAUCGGCACUCUCGAACACAAACUUCUUUGCCCCUCA